AUGUCAAGCAGCAAUAUUUUCAACUUUGUGAAUGAAAUUGUGAUUGAAUGUGGAGUGUGCAAUUAUGUUUUCCCUAAUUUUCAAGCAUUCGUGACCCACAUUGAAGCUCAUUUGAUUCAAGAGAUUCUUGCCAUGGAAGUUUCACCAAUCGAUGGAACCAAGCCAUUUAUCAAAUUGUUGGAUAAACCCAUCCUCAGCAAUGUCUUUUUUGAUGACCAUGAUGAUUUGGAUCUUUCAUUAAAACUCUAG